AUGUCUUUAACUCCUGAAGAUUCACCGAAACCCGAUGAAUUCGAUUGGGACUCUUAUCUCAUUGAAACAGAGAGCGAGGCAGCACCAGCGUGCAAUUUUAAACAGUCUUUAAUUCCACCAGCGAAUGAGUUUCACGUUGGAGAAAAGCUUGAAACAAUUGACCCGCGAAAUCGAGAUUCAUGGUGUGUUGGAACAAUCAUAGAUAAAGAUGGUCCACGACUACGUUUACGAUUAGAUGGUACAGAUAAUCGAAAUGAUUUUUGGCGACUCGUCGAUUCCGGUGAUAUUCGUUGUUGUGGAACGACAGAAAAAUUAGGUGAACAAAUUGUACCUCCGCUUGGUUUUCAACAAACUUCCACUCGGUGGGCUAAAUAUUUCGAAAAACAUGUCAAAAAUGGUCCAUUUGCACAUGAGUCAUGUUUCAAAUUGGAACCAGCUAAACCAGAAAAGAAUCUCUUUAAAAUAGGUCAAAAACUCGAAGCUGUCGAUCCGAAACAUCCCUAUCUGAUCUGUCCAGCUACUGUAACUAGUAUAACGCCCGGUGAUCAUAAACUAGUCAUAUCGUUAGAUGGUUGGAGUGCGGCGAAUAAUUUCAAAAUUGACUAUUCGUCGAGAGAUAUAUUUCCAGUUGGAUGGUGUAAAUCGGUCGGAAUCACUUUAACCAAAGUUGGUCACACUCUUCCACCUCGUUCAUUGCAUAAACACAAUGAGCAUGUGCAACAGAAAGUGGAUAAAAGUAAUACUUCAUCGAGUAGAAGAGUCUCAGUUGAUUACGACGAAAAUACACAAAGUUAUCCAAUAGUAACUGUUUAUUGGAACUACAUCGGUGAUAACGGUGGACUUUUAUUAAAUCCUCAUAAGUUCUCUUCAUUCAUGCCAGCCAUAUUUGGUCCAAACCAAUGUCAUUUAGUGUUGAAGAAAAUCUUUGAUGCAUGUAUCAAAUGUUCAUUUCAACCGAAAUCCUUUACUCAUCGUCUUAUGGAUCUGUUUCCUUCGACGAGCGAUAAAAAACUAAAUUCUUCUCCAGAAGUUAUACUGGAAAAUAAUACAAGGUUACAACUGCCAUCAAUGGAAACUAAAGAUGAUUUCUGGGAUAUUCUACAUGAUUUUCAGAAUGCUAUCUUAGCUGAGGAGGAUCUAUUUGUUUCAAUACCACCAGACUUUGCAAUUGGCCAGAACAAUAAGCGAAAGAUCGAUGAAUCUCAAGAAGACAGUAUUUUCUCAACAGAUCGUCAACGUCGCCCUCGACAUGUAGAUGUUGAGGACGAACCUGCAUAUGACCUAAUUCAAAAAACACCGAAUGAUGUUGCAGAAUUUAUUCGAAAUAUCGAUCCAAAAUUCGACACUCUCGCUUCGCGUUUUCUCCAAGAAGAAAUCGAUGGAAAAGCUCUGGUACUUUUGACUACAGAUACAUUAAUUAAACACAUGGGUUUGAAACUUGGCCCAUCACUUCAAAUCAUUCAUCACAUUGAAAAACUCAAGUCAAAGUUUAAUUCUCGGUGA